AUGACGGCGAUCUACAUCAAGAAUCGCCUACCAUCGCCCAAGUGCCAAGAUCAAACCCCGUUCGAGAUUGUCAACGGAUUUCGACCAAGUGUGAAGCACGUGCGGGUUUUCGGCUGCCGAACGUUUGUGCUGACCCCUAAGGAAAAGAUAUCAAAAUGGGAUCCGAAGGCUCGUGAAGGACGAUUCAUGGGGUACGAAGAAGUGUCAAAGGCAUAUCGCGUUUACGAAAUUGAAGCGGAUCAAGUGGUGAUAUCUCGCGAUGUCACAUUCGACGAAUCAACGUUUGGUUUCUCGCCGACGCUACCACAAGAAAUUGUUGAUGACACUGCGCUGGAUGUCGAAUCGAUGAACAUCAGCGACGAGCCUCACCCUAAGCAGUUCAAGAAAACUGGAAAACGCAAAAGCCAAGCAAGUGCACCGGAUGACUUUGAAACGCACCAAGCGAAGCGACGGUCAAGCGCUCGAGCAAAUCUGGACGAAGAGCGAAAGGGCAGUGACGAAGAUAACGAGGAUGCUACACCUCAAGUCUUUUGGCGAGCGAGUGUCAACGCAGUCGAAGGUACUGACUUGUCUGAGCUGACAACGUUUAAAGAUGCUGUUGAUGGACCGGAUCAAGUGCAUUGGUGUGAAGCAAUCUGUGCUGAGUUGGACUCGAUGAAACUUCGUGGCGUGCUUCGAGCGACCAAACUGCCAGCUGGACAGUAUACCAUUGGCACCAAGUGGGUAUUCAAUAUCAAGCGGAAAGCUGAUGGAUCCAUCGAGAAAUACAAGGCGCGUCUCGUGGCAAAAGGGUUCAAGCAGAAAUAUGGCAUCGACUACACGGAGACGUUUUUGCCGGUAGUCAAGUACGUGACGCUGCGCAUGGUAGUUGCAAUCACGAAGUACUUUGACUGGACACUGGACCUACUGGACGUGGUGACAGCUUUGCUAUGCGGAGAGAUGAAGGAAAAGGUAUUCUGCGCGAUCCCAGAAGGGGUCGAAGUUGAUGAAGACUUUGACUGCUUCGAAUUGUUGAAGGCGAUCUACGGACUAAAACAAGCAUCGCGCAUUACAAGUGGCGAGUGCGUGCUUUUGCUGGUAUACGUCGAUGAUGUGUUGGUGACUGGCAGCUCGACCGAACUGAUUAUGCGCACCAAGAGUGGCUUGAAGGCGCGUUUCGAAAUGACUGACAGCGGCAAGUGCGCAUUCGUGUUGGGCAUCGAGCUGGUGGACAACGACAACGGUAGCGUGACGAUGUGCCAGCGACGCUACGUGGAAGAUGUUCUCAAGCGUUUUGGCAUGAGCGACUGCAAAGCCGUCACCAGCCCAACAGACAUCAGUUCUCGACUCAUACCAAGUACUGCAGUAACUAAAAUCGACGCCCCGUUUCGUGAAGCAGUAGGCGCUUUAAUGCACUUGAUGACCGCGACACGACCGGACAUUGCCUUUGCUGUGAGUUACGUUUCGCGCUUCAUGGAAAACCUCCAAGUCGAGCACUGGAUGGCGGUCAAGCGCAUUUUGCGAUACUUACAAGGGACUAAGUCGGACGGCAUCUGUUUCAAGUCUGAUGACAAGAUUGAUGAACUUUAG